CACCUCCACCCCUAUUUAUUUAAUAUUAUAUACUUAUACUUAGUUUAUCAAAACCGCAAGCAGUGAUGUGAAUCCAAACAUUUUUAUAAAAUGAUAGAGUGCUAUGUUUCUUGACAGAUUGUAAAAAAAAAAAAAUCUUAAAAAUAUGGAAGAGAAGAUUGGAAUUUUCAGAGUCGCCAGAUAGACUAAAAUGCCAAAACGCAUACCGUUCCACGUAGUUUAUGCAACAAGUGAAGACAGCUCAUAUCCAGCAUGCGAGCUGAACUCCCAAGGGCCGGCAGUUCGCGGGUGGCGAAGCGCUGGGCCUCCGCCCCACGAGCUCCUGCUCCGACUCUCUGCUGUGACCAGCAUUCACAAGCUACAGCUGCUGGCUCAUCAUCAGCUCAUACCGGCCUGCGUAGAGGUGCUUGUAUCUGGUGGCUUACUGUCAGAAGGAGCUGCCACACCCUGCGGCGCGACCUACACCAGCGUGGGCAGAGUCACCCUUGUGAGACCUGCACCCCAGGCUCGGACGAGGGAACUUAGGUCGGCAGCUCUUCCAGAACCAACUGUAGCUAGGUUUGUGAAGCUGAGACUAUCGGGACCACAUCCACCGGCUAAAGAAGAUGAUCAGGUGGCGUUAAUGGCAGUAAACGUUCUCGGAGAUGAAGUGGAGGAAGAAGAAAAUAAAGCAGAUAACAAUGCAGCCGCUAAAGCAGAAGUCAGUUUCUCUCCGUAUGACGACCUAGCGUUCAUAAUGUACGUCGACAAUGAAAUAGCUGACUUGGUGAGGAACUUGGAUGAGAAGAAAAGAAUCGCUGUUGCCGAGGAGCGUUUUGAGUACGCGAGACGUCUUAAGUCCGCGGGGUCCGCGCUGGCUGCAGCCGGUAUACGUAUCGGCCGGUGGCGGCUGCGCAAGCGCACGGCGGCCGCGCGGGACGACUUCGAGCUUGCGCGGCGCAUGCGCGACCGGAUCGCGGACGCGCUGGUUGGGGUCAAGGAGGACCCGGAGCUGUUGCGGCUAUUUGAGGAAGAUGGGCCGGACUCCCGCAACGACUCAUCCAUGCCACAAGCUUACGACUUCUCCCAUCACCUCUCACCGUCCGUCGCGGCCGGCGCGAUGAGUCUCGACAUCCCAUCACCAGUACCACCGAUAGAACAUGAUGAACAAACGCAGUUCAACGGCGUUGAUGAUGAACCUAAUCAUAUUUCUGCUUCACCCGUCCAAAUACUACACGAAGAUACCCAACCAGAACCAGAAGUUACACAGAUAACACAAGAAGAUGAAGAGAAAGUAGACGGCCAGAAGAAGGAAGAAGAACUGCGAAAGGAGACAGACAGUCCGCGGAGGAGCGUCACCCCUAACGCUGCUAAUGGUUCCCUGAUACGAAGAAGAAAUAAAAGUGCCGGCCCGAGAUCAACUUUCGAAGCGUACGAAGAAAGACUUUUACCAGCUCUUAGACAUUCGCACACAAACGAGUACUUACGUGAGGCGCGCGAGGAAGAAGGCAGCGCGGGUGGCACGUCCCACACGCGCGCCGUCCACAAGCUGAAUGAGCGGGAACGCAAGCAGGCCGCGCUUCCAAUACUAAUUUUUGGAUACCCUCUUGUAGAAAAAUUCUUCUCCAAAAACUACCUAGACAAAGAAGAAGGUCUAGCCAGGCUCCGAGCAGAGCUGACCUCCCCAUCCAACGGCAGCACCAAAACCUCUCCCAACAAAACUGCAAGAGCGGCCGCCAUUUUGCUGCAGAGAGCGCUACGGGACAAAGUAUUCUCAGUGUAUAGUCAAGCGAAUGAAGUGGUCAGAGUACUUUUUAAAGACUUUGUGCCCGAUCGGGUUUGCGCAGCGGAAGUGGGCAGAUGCUUGGAGCGGAUCUUGCCGGAGCUGCUGCGAGCUUGCGGCGACCCCGCGCCGCGCGUGCACUCCACCGCGCAGCACACUGUGCUCACUGUGGCUGACUGCCCGCAUGUUAGAAGUCUUCACAUCAUACCGCAACAGCUGGUGAGACCAGUGGCGGCAUCUAUGCAUCCAAGGUUAGCGCUAUCUCGACUGCAAAUGCUGGAACAGCUCAUAUUGAGUCAUGGAAUAUCAACUGAUAAGAACAGCGGGCUCACAGUCCGGCGCCUCGCGGAGUGCGGCGCGGCGGGCGCGCAGCACGCGGCGGGCGCGGUGCGCGCGGCGGCGGAGCGCAUCCUGCUCGCCGCGUACGCGCGCUCGCCGCGGGUGGUGCGCGCGCAGCUGCCGCCCGACGACGCGGUCACGCGACGUAAUUUGAUCUACCGCCAUCUGUUCCAGCAGUUCGAUCGGAUUGAUAUGCAGAAAAUGCUGAACCAAGCACCUACAGAAGAACAGAUUCUAAACGGCACAGAAUCAGUGGACUCCACGCUCGAAGCCAGCACAUCACAAUCCACUCGCAGUGGAACCACCGUCAGUGGAAUGACCACUUCUAUUGGAAUGACUACUUCCAUGGACGCUACGUCAUCUUACACUUUGAAAUCGAGCGCCAGCAGUGCGACACUAGCUCCAUCUAGUUUAAGUGGUAGCUUCACUACUUCUAGAACGAAGAGUAGCUUGAAGAAAACUCCUACUAAGAAAUAUGCAACGACUCGAACGUCGAAGGAUAAUACUAAUUAUCCUGGGUAUAAUAAAUUGAGGUUGGAUAGCGCUGUGAGUCCGAAACAUUCACCACGGCCAUCUGCUGUAGGAAACGAGAAGGUCCACUUUCAAGAGAACCAAACAGAAGAAGUUAUUUACCGCCGAUCAAACAGAAACUUCGAGAAUCGUCAUUCCAUGAUACACUACGACCACGAUCCUUCAAAACCCAAUCUAAAAGAGCGUCCAGCCACAGUAUACGAACCCUUACAUUUGGAGUACAGAGAUUCCCCAACUUUAGGCUCGCCGAAAACGUCGAAAAACGAACUCAGAAGCUUAGAUUCCUUGCCUAUAGAUUCUCCUCAGCUUUCCAGAAUGGAUCUACGAGAUUCUGAUAGAAGUUUGGAUUCUCCGAAAUUGAGAGCAGAUUAUUUAAGAGACACUGGUCUCGAGUCACCAAAAUUAGUAGCUGGAGUGAGAAACUUGCAUUUGGAAGAUCACAGUCAAAUGGAUGAAAGUGGAUAUUAUAGUCCAGGAAGACGACAACAAGUAAGCGAGACUCAUUUUGAGGUGUACGAUGCGGUUGGCGCGGAUGCCAGUACGGAGACAACCCCUGAACCUGUUUGCAACACGUCGUGCACGUGGUGCGGGCGGCGCGUGCGAGCGGCGGCACUGGAGACGCACUACUGGCGGCGCUGCGUGGUGCUCGCGCGCUGCCCGCACUGCCGCCUCGCGCUCGAGGCGCGCGCGCUGCACGCCCACCUGCUGGAGGAAUGCUCUCUUAGCGAAGGUCUAUGGAAAGCUUGUCAGAAAUGCGGCGCCGCGCUCCGAACUGACGAAAGCGACUAUCACACGAACUGCAUCCCUAUUGGCCUGGAUGAAUGGAAAUGCCCAUAUUGUUUCACAAACGUUCUGGCCCGGGAUCUACCCUGGCAGAGACAUCUAAUGCAAUGUCCAAGGAAUCCGCGACUUACACAAUCAUCGUAGGUACUAUAUUCAUGAGAAACUUCAUUAUCUUCUUCAGCGUUUAAGGCCUCCUAUGAGUAAAAACUUUAAUGGCUUACAAAAUUUGAGUCACGAUUAAUUUUCAGUUCGAUUUAAAAAGCAUACAUAUUUGUUUAAAUAUUUGACUCUUGUGAUCGCUCUAUUCAUGAUGUUUGAGUAAACGGCCAGUGUCCAGUGGACUAGGCAUGGCUUUUAAAUAAAAUGAAAACAGAUUAUAACAUUUAUUCUUUGAAUUUCAAUACAUUUAUAAUGUGUGUAUUAAAUCACAUUUAUUUUUAAGCUUUAUGCUUAUUUAAAUACUCUUAAAUAACCUCAAAAACUAACCUCAAUGUCAAUUUCCUAACCGUCUUAUUUUCGAGUCCGUAUUUCUACCGUCCACACGAUAUUAUUCCGUCACGCACAAUGCUCAGUUUGCGUUUAAACACUAUUAUAGUUAAGCUUUAUUAAUCCUUUGUUACUAAUUAUUUGUAAUAUAAUAUAAGAUGUAGAUUUCUGAAUUGAGAAGAGUAACUCGAGAUAUUUUUCUAUGUUAUUCAAUAACUCAUAUAAAGAUAUGUAAUGAGAAAAUCAAAAUUCAUUGAGGUGAUUAUAAUUAUUUAAAUCUUGUUUUUAUGAGCAGAAUCUACUCGUAAAUACUAUGCGAUUUUCAAUUCAGAAACUGACCCCAAAAUUAUUAAGUAUUUGAUUAAUAUUCGAACAUUGAAAUGAAGUGCCAUAUUUUAAAGUAACAGCGCGGGAAAGCUCGCUUAUAUUUUUAAUCUAUAGUUUCAUGUUCUGACAUUUUUAAUUCAGAAACUGGCCGCAAAAUUGUUAAGUAUUUAACCAUAGUUUGAACUUUAAAAUGAUGUGCCAUAUUUUAAAGUGACAGCGCGGGAAUGCUCGCUUAUAUUUUUAAUCUGUGUAAUUUUUUUCUGAGAUAGAUUACUAGAUAUUAUGAUAACCCCGUCCCACAGUAUGAGCAAUUUUUCUAAUUAAGUUAACUAUUACGUAUAUUGAAAUAAGAAGUAAUAUCGUGACAUCAGUAUGGUUUACACGUUAUCUUAUUGUUUUAUUUCUAUUUAUUGUAUGAUAAUAAAAAUAAUAACGAUCUAGUUGCUUAUGUUUGUCAUGAAUGUGAGUCGAUAUAAUUAGUAUGACCACAUACUAAUACCUAUUUAUUCUUGACCUUCGAAAAAAACAUAGGACAUAGUUAGAUAGGUUAUUAGGAAAAAAAUUGCGUAAUUUACCAAAUAGUCUAAAUUUAAAUAGGGUAGAUAAUAAACCACAUCACCCCUGUGAUACUGGAUUGCGGUCAUUAAAAACAGAAACUAUACUUAACAUUUAUUUCCUGGAUGUCUUAUACAAUAAUAUAUACUUAUAUAUAAUUUCCUUAGAAUAGUAUUGAAAUACUAGACACCAUACAAAUAUAAUCAGGAUAUAAAUAAGAAUCGAUGACUUCAAGUUUCCCCGCCUUUUCCUGAUUUUUCCGUUUAUAAGUAAGAUGAAAAAAUACUUAAUUACUAUUAUCUACAUGUGGACAAUCUGAUUGUAGGCUAUUUUAGAUUUCUUUUUGCAGUAUACUUGUCCAAUUGAAGAAUUAGUUUUGUCUAUAUAUAAUAUGUUAUGUAUAAAUGUCCUGAAAUGAAUUGUUAGGUAUAGCAUGGCAUAGACAAUUAUGAAAAUGAAAAAAAAAGCAGCUGGAUUAGUUUGAUAGUACUUGUUAGAUUUAAUAGUUAAUACCUAAUGUAAAAAUAAUUGGAUAUAACCGAUCCCGAAGUUAUGCAUUUGUUAAAGUUUUGUCCAUACAUAACAUUUAUAUAAUGUACGGAGAUACGUUUUAUAUAUACGAU